AUGGAACAAAAUGCUUCAUACAACCUAUGGCAAGGCUUGAAAUCUAACUUCUACAAUCAUAAUGAAGUAGUUUUACGACUUUACACGAUGGCAAAACAUAUUUUAAAUGUAUUUAAACUACCAACAAUGGCUCUCCAACCCCCUGAAGUGGAAACCAAUUCAACAGUUCUUUUUGUUGCUCUAAAAGGAAUUGUAAAAGAUGCUUUAAUAUUAAAAAUUGUAACAAUUAUUUUGUUCUUUGAAGAUGUCAAAUCGGGAAUAGGAUAA